AUGGUUCUCGAUACUAUUCUGCCAAAGGCUGUCCUUACUGGACUUGCUGGUAUUGGAGCUUUCAUUGUCGCUGGCAAAGUCAUUAGCUACAUCCAGCUUUUAUUAAGUCUUUUCGUCCUAUCAGGAAAGAAUCUUCGAACCUACGGAAAGAAAGGAACUUGGGCAGUAGUGACUGGUGCUUCUGAUGGCCUCGGCAAAGAAUAUGCAAUUCAACUUGCCCAGAAAGGAUUCAAUAUUGUCCUUGUCUCCCGCACCGAAUCGAAACUUCAAACUCUUGCCUCCGAAAUCCAAACCAAAUAUGCCGGUUCAAAUAUCCAGACAAAGAUUCUCGCCAUGGAUUUCGCUGCCAAUAGGGAUGAGGAUUAUGCAAAGUUGAAGGCUCUUGUUGAUGGACUUGAUGUAGGAAUCUUGGUCAACAAUGUUGGACAAAGUCACAGCAUUCCAGUGCCAUUUAUUCAGACACCAAAGGAGGAAAUAAGAGAUAUCAUUACCAUCAACUGCACAGGUACACUUCGAGUUACUCAAAUUGUAGCACCUGGAAUGGUUCAACGCAAACGCGGGUUGAUCUUAACUAUGGGUUCAUUUGGUGGAUGGUUACCGACUCCAUUACUAGCUACAUACUCUGGAAGCAAGGCAUUCUUACAACAAUGGUCAACAUCUCUUGGAGGCGAACUUAAGGGCACAGGCGUCGACGUCGAGUUAGUAUUAAGCUACCUUGUUACUACCGCAAUGAGCAAGAUUCGACGUACCAGCAUGUUUAUUCCAAACCCAAGAACAUUUGUCAAGACUACUCUGGCCAAGAUUGGUAGAAGUGGAGGAGCUCAGAAAAUGGCUUAUACAAGUACACCAUUUUGGGGUCAUGCGUUAAUGCAAUGGUGGUUAGAAAAUACCUUAGGAGUUGGGGGGUCGUUUGUAGUAGAUCAAAAUAAAGGCAUGCACCAGAGUAUCAGAACCAGAGCUUUGAAGAAAGCCGAAAGGGAUGCUAAGAAGGCAUGA